CAUAUCACCCUUACGUAAUUGCGUAUCAGUAAAGUGUAUCACUUCUGGUUACGCCCUUGUCCAAGAGGUGGUGCACUAGCAGGAAGUGUCCGCCGGCAUAGUGAGUCUUCGUGUUUGUUUGAGAGGUGUUUAUAGUUGAAAGAAACUGUUGUCACUGGAUUACUGUCCCAGAUCCUGUCAUGGCUGUUACAGCUGUUUUUAUACUCAGCAGUCUUGGCUUUGCCAUAAUUGCUGAAGCGCAAGAUUGCUCCAAACCUGCUGCAGGACCCAACAUGAAUUUGAGGGAUGAAUACAUUACUCAGCAAACAUUUGCAGAUGGGAGCAAAGUUUAUUUUUCCUGUAAUCCUGGCUACACACCUGCUAGAGGAUCUGCAUUUAUCACAUGCACUGCUGGCACAUGGAGUACUGUGCAGCUGCAAUGUGAAAGGAAAACAUGUGGCAGUUUGGGAGAGGUGUCUAAUGGUCAUGUUGAUUAUGACGGAAUUGAUUUUGGUGAUACAGCUACGGUCACUUGUAACCCGGGUUACAUGCUGGUUGGGAGAUCGAGUUUUAGAUGCGAAGUCAACGGAUGGUCUGGCAGGUUGCCAACAUGCGACGCGGUGAUGUGUACCACACCAGCACCAGUUGCAGGCGGUGCAUUUGAUCCACUCAAAGAUUUCUAUCUUUUUGGAGAAGUUGUGCUGUACUCCUGCAACAAAGGAUUGGUACUUAAUGGAUCAAAAGAUAUAACCUGCUCUAAUGAUGGGAAAUUCUCCUCUUCUCCUCCAAACUGUGUCAAGGUUGAAUGUAAAGAUCCUGUAAUUGAAAACGCUGUCUUUGUAAGUGGUUCUCGGCCUCCACACGGACACAUGGCUACAGUGACCUACAACUGUAAAUCUGGAUACGUAAUGCGUGGACCCAAUUCUGUGACAUGCAAUAUAACUAAUCAGUGGUCACCAUCAUUACCAGUAUGCAUAAGUAAAAUGAUAACUCCUGUCCCCACUGCUACUUCCGCUACUAUCAUCACCACAAAAAAACCUAAAGGUGUGACAUCUACCCAAACUCCAACUUCCAACUCCCCAGGUGAGGGUGAUGCUCACUCUCCAACAUGGAUUAUUAUUGGAGUUGUUCUCAUCUGCAGCUGCCUCAUUGGCGUUAUUAUAUUCUUCAUCCGAAAGAAACGCAGUCGGCGAAACCGUAUUGUCAAAGAUCCUGCAAAAGAUGGCGAGGAUGUAGCACUCUCGUAAGCGUCACUGUUCUGUUGGUCCAAAACUCCUGCAUGUGAAGAUGCUACCUUGUGGAGAGGACUAUCCCCGGACCCAUCUGUGAAUGGAAACGAUUCCACAGAAAAAUGUGGAAAUUUCACAGUUUCUUCAGAGUAGUCAGUCUGUAAUUCAGACUUUGCAAUUUAUUCUCGCUUGAUGCUUCAAGCGCCUGGUCAUUUGUAUUCAUUUGCUACCUGUUUUACUUUUUUGGAACAUUACUGUACUCUACAUUGAUUUGGAAUGUUUGCACUACAACACAGCUCAAGCUGAAAUAUUUGAUCUAAUUACAAAAAACAAAAACUUCACCUUUUCUGUAACUGUAAAGAUAACAGGAGUUUUUUGUAAUUGUAGAAAAGACUCCUAGCUGUUUAAACAACUUAGUCUUACAGUUCAUUAUUUAUACAGAUCAGAAAUUAGUGCCUAGCAAAGUUACAUCUUAUGUGCCUAUAUGCAAAAAAAAUAAAUGCUUUACUUUGUA